AUGGCUGGGCGGGGCUUGUUCUCAAACCCAGACGCAGAAAUUUUUCGUGCACCUGUACCAAUUCAUAAAUCUGGAGAAAUGCGUCAAGAUUACGAGAAACAAAAGAUGAAGGGUGGAAGCAGUGAAGAAACCGAAGAGAGAAAGAAAAAGAUCCACAGAAAAGAAGAGUGUGGGAUGCUGAAACUUUGUCAGUAUCCUUUCUGUGGGGUGUCAGACUCUGAGAAUGAAGAGCCGGUGGGAAAGAGGACCAGACAUGUCUCAGCAUUUGUGCGAAAAACAAGAUGCUCCCCUGCUUUCAGUAGAGGUUGUCUUCAUAGCAGUGCUGUUCAGAGGAGCAGGAGCUGUACAGAUUCUGAGGAUGGAAGAGGAAAAACCAGAGGUCACACACAUCAUGUCGUUCCUGACAAGGCUAUCACCACUCAUAGUUACAAUGCUGGAAUCCUUCUCUCCUCGGAAAACAGUCGCUCUUUCUCAGCCCCGGUACUGAGCCUAGAUAAGAGACACCACUGGCGGGGCAUCCACACCUCAUCCGCGUCACUCGUACUUCAAACGAAACCAGAGAGGUCCAUUAGCCCCGAGAGCAACGAUAGCAUAUCGGAAGAACUCAACCAUUUCAAGCCUAUUGUCUGCUCGCCGUGCACUCCACCCAAAAGGUUGCCCGAUGGGCGACUUUUGGAGCCUACGAUCGUGAAGUCAACCCCAAGGAACUUGACACACACUCUGCACAAGUCCACAAGCUACGAGGCCAGCCCGACCAUCUUGCAGAAGUGGAAGCAGAUUGAAGUUGAUCGUCAGAGCAUCAAGGUGACCUCAAAAGGUACAGUCACGAGUCCGAUCGCAGAGGAUCUAAGCCUUAAACUGAGUCCCGUUGAAGAACAGGACCGCCGACUCUGCAGCUGUGCUGUAGCCAAGGACAGCUCGCAAGAUCAUCAGUGCAUUUGUGAUUCAAGUGCUAAGGAUCAGAAGGAUAAACCUGUAGUCUGUAAUAAACUACGGCUUGUAUUUGAUCAGUGUAGCAAAGAGGAAGGUACACAGCCUGCUAGCGCUCACAUCAGGUCAACAACUCAAACCACUGCAGAUACUUUAUCCGCAAAAAGGCGUAGCAGAUGUGAAGAACUCUGUGAACCCACAGAAUUUUGUGAAGCGAUGCUUGAUAAACACGCUGGACACUGUAAACAGGGUAUGAAAGACCCCGAGAACUUCGUAAAUGAGCCUACCACCAGGAGCUGUGUACUUAACAGACCUACCUCAAGAAGGGGCAAGAAGAGAAGCCACAAAACCAAACAUUUGGAAGACACCCUACAGACAAAAAUGUCCCGGACAGGUGCCUAUGACAGGCUUGAUGAUAUGAUUGUCCAGCGAAUGAAUCGGGAUAAGGAGGGCCAAGAAGUGGCACUAAAGCUACAAAGACAGUUUGACAGAGAAUGUCAAAAAGUGGACAGGCACAAAACGAGUCGUGACAAAUACGAACUCCGGUCCUGGGCUGCAAAUGAUGGAACGGUAGGACACAAUACACGCAGAUCAGGAAGAAUCUCCAAAAGAAAUGAGCACUUUAACUACAGCUGUUAAAGGGACCUCCGGUUAUGGUAGUUUUAUUGUAAUGAUUUGUUGCAGUCACAAACAUUUUCUUUGUUGAGGCACUACAGAGGCUUUCUAACAUCUGGAUUAAUAUUGCAAGAUAAGGU